UAAAUAAUCGAAAUUCAAAUACGUUCUAUUCCGAUCAAUUCAUUUUCCCUCGACAAAUCCCAAUCCAACCCUCACCUUUUUCGUCUAAUCUAAGCUAAACCAAAAUCUUGAACCCCAAAUCUAGCAACCACUGACGCCGCAUAAAUCUUCCUAACCACUCAUUUGUAGUAAAUAAUCAGUCUCUGAUCCAAAAAUUGCUUCCAGAAAGAAAAAAUUAAAGAAAACCCAACAAUGAAACGAUCUCAAAAUCGAUUUUUUCACAAUAGAAAAUGCUCAACGUCUGUAAUCUUGUUUUCCAUUUCAUCUCUUUUACUGAUUUUCUUUUUAAUUUUAUGGCGUUUCAAACCCAAUAAUUCUUCAUUUCCAAAUUCGAAGUCAGUGAGCUUUGAUCCUAUUAAUUCCUCGGAUGAUGCAGAUCCUCUAUUUGUACCGGAAUUACCGCGAUUUGCGUACUUCAUUUCGGGUACAAGAGGCGAUGGUGGGAGGCUGAGGCGGCUGCUUCAGGCGUUAUACCAUCCCCGCAAUUAUUAUUUAAUUCACCUCGAUUUGGAUGCCUCAGACAGCGAAAGGCUUGAUCUUGCAAAGUAUGUGAAGUUUGAGGCAGUAAUGAGGGAGAUUGGGAAUGUAAUGGUGAUAGGGAAGGCUAACUUGGUGACUGAAAAAGGUCCCACGAUGAUUGCGUCAACGCUCCAUGCUGUUGCGAUUCUGUUGAAGCAGGCCAAGCGCUGGGACUGGUUUAUUAAUCUUGGCGCUUCUGAUUAUCCGCUAAUGCCGCAGGAUGAUAUCCUGCAUAUCUUCUCAUACUUGCCUCGAGACCUGAAUUUCAUUGAGCAUACAAGUGACAUUGGUUGGAAAGAACAACAAAGAGCUAGGCCUAUUAUUAUAGAUCCUGGCUUAUAUCACUAUUUAAUACAAAUAAUCAAUUCAAGACCCCCAUUGGGUCCACCCCUGCCUUUUCUCUCAAUGGGUAGCCACGUUUCCCCUUCAGUAUUCUCACAAAUCCCUCUUACAAAAUGGCUAGGUUGCAACCAUAUAAGUGGGGUUAGGCUAGGCUUUUAA